AUGGUCAACUGCCGAGCCCUCCUCAGUGUAGCGGCUUUUGCCAGCUCCGUCAAAGCCUGGGGAGCUCCAGCAUACAGCGGCUUCAACCUUCGAUGGCAGGAUGCCUUCCCUGGAAAUUCUGGCACUCUCCCCAACACUGGUAACUGGAACAUCAUCACCGGAUACUUGAACGUCAACAACGAGUGGGAGGUAUACACAUCGAGCACGCGUAACGUCCAAAUCAGCGGCGGUCAGACUCUUCAACUUGUCCCAUGGCGAGACGGCUCGGCCAUGUAUGGAUGGACCUCUGGUCGUCUGGAGAGCAAAUACGUCUUCACCCCUGAGGCCGGCAAGGUUACAAGAGUUGAAGCUACCAUUCGAUUCGGCGGAAACUCCAAUAAACAGGGUAUCUGGCCAGCAUUCUGGCUACUUGGUGAGUCCAUCCGCUAUGGAACCCAGUGGCCUGGUGGCGGCGAACUCGAUGUCAUGGAGCAGGUCAACGGCCAUUUGACCGGGUAUGGUACUGUUCACUGCGAUAGAGCAUCCGGUGGUAUUUGCAAUGAGCCCAACGGUAUUGGCGCCAGCACUGGCAUUCCCGACAAUGGCUGGCACAACUGGCGCCUCGAGUAUAACCGGCGCAACGGAGACUGGAGAGCGCAAACCAUCACAUGGUUCUUGGAUGGCCGUCAGUUCCACCAGAUCAGCGGUGCUCGCAUCAAUGACUACAACACCUGGGUUGCUCUCUGCCAGAAGCCUCAGUUCUUCCUUCUCAAUGUUGCUGUCGGCGGCAACUGGCCCGGUGCUCCAAAUGGUGGUACGCAAGACGGCUACGGCAGUAUGAUGGAGAUUGCGUACGUCGCACACUAUACUUCUUAA